AUGGCUCAUAUAUCGUGGCUUACCUUCAAUUUACUCAUUUCGUUCCACUUCACUCUUCUCCUAGCUCAACUCCAAUGCCCACCCUUGGGCCCCAUCCUACCCUCACCAACAAACCUGACGCAGAAUGUGCAGCUGCAACAGGUCCUCGCGGCCAUCACUGCUCAGCUCCAAAAUUUCAGCUCCUCCUCACUCGAUAAUGCCACGGCCCUCUCGGUGGGCGUGAGGUCCGUCCACGAGUCAGCACCUCUGCUGAGCUUCCACUACACCCCGCCAGUAUUCAACAAGAGUGGCACGCACAAUGUUGAUGGCGACACGGUCUAUUCCAUCGGCAGUGCGACCAAGCUCUUGACGGCUCUCUCGAUCCUCCAGCUGCAAGCGCAAGGGAAAGUUGACCUAGCGGAUUCGAUCACGAAAUAUGUCCCCCGGCUCGCGCAAAUGUCCAAUAAGAGCCAAGAAGACUCUCUACUGGCCGUCGAUUGGGAAUCUGUCACUGUGGAUGCUCUAAUGAGCCAUCUGGGCGGAAUCGGUGCAGACCUCACGAACAACGUUAUCCCAUAUGUGCCCGGCAUUACCGAAGAGACUGGCCUCCCUCCACUGACUCAAUCCCAAGACUCACUUUCUUGUGGCGGAGUCCCUGGAACUCCGGGAUGCACCUGGAACGACUUCUUCGACAACUUCGGUCGACGACCUCCUGUCUACGCACCCUUCACGACUCCGGUAUACUCGAACAUCGGCUACUCGCUCCUCGGUCGAGUGAUUGAGAACGUCAGCGGGAAGACUUACGCGGUGUACCUCGAAGACGCCAUCUUCACGCCGGCCAAUCUCACCCGCACGUUCGUCGGUGCUCCCGCUAACAGCUCUCUGGGGUUCAUUCCUGCCGCGACCAGCUGGUGGGGGACGUCUCUGGGCUACGAGAACAGCUCGGGCGGGAUCUACUCGAGUAACAACGACCUCCUAUCCCUUGGGGCCGCGAUCCUAUCGUCGUCGUCGUCGGUGUCGUCGAAUACGAAAACCCUGCUCGCCCCGGCCCAGGCCCGCGCGUGGCUGAAACCCCGAACCUUCACCUCGUCGGCCGGUGUCUACGUCGGGGCACCGUGGGAGAUCGCGCGCGGCGCGAACCUCACUGCGGACGGGCACGUGGUCGAUUUCUACACCAAGACCGGCAACCUGGGCGACUACACGGCGAUCCUGGCGCUGGUGCCGGACUACGACCUGGUCAUGACCAUGAAUCUCGCCGGGCCCGACAGCUCCAUCGCCGCGAUCCAGGUGCUCUUCUCGACGCUGGUGCGGGCGCUUUUGCCACCGGUCGCGCACGCCGCCACGAGCGAAGCCGCGCACAGGUAUGCGGGCACAUACACCUCCCCGUCCUCGCCGGGGAUCGGGAGCGGGACAAACUCGACCACGAGCACCAUCACCCUCGUCGUCGACGACUACGGCCUCGCCGUCUCGACCUUUUCAGCCCGCGGCGUCGACGUGCUCGGCACCUACGCCGCCACCCUCGGGGGAGCCGACACCAACACGACCACCGCCAUCCGCCUCUACCCCACGAACCUCGGGUCGGGGAACCAGACGGCCUGGCGCGCCGUGUACCAGACGAGUUCGGCGGCGGAACUCGCGGCCUUUGACGCGCAACUCUUUUUCCCCCAGGGUAGUUGCCAGUCGUGGACGGGGAUUGAUCUGCAAACCUACGGGUUCGAGGCGCUGGAUUACUUUGUCUUCACGGCGGACGAUGACGGAGGGGUGGUCGUGCAGGUCGAGCCCGUGGCGUGGCGGCUUGUGUUGGGGAGGGAGGAGUGA